CCCGACCCGAUUUUUAAACCCGGUUAAAAAUGGGUACCCAAUGUGAGAUCUAUUAGUAGCUUAGGAAUUAGAAUCACUGCUCUUAUUCGCUGGUAUCAUCAACCACACCGAUUUUCGUCUUCGUUCUAGUCACAACGAUUUCAACAUUCUUGUUUUCACGAUCUUGGAUUCAAUGGCUACAGUGAGAAGUCUGAAGAUUAAGACGAGUACAUGCAAACGACUUGUGAAGGAGCUAGAUUCUUAUGAAAAGGAGGUUCUGAGAGAAUCUGCCAAGACAGCUGAUAUGAAGGACAAAGGAGCUGACCCUUAUGAUAUCAAACAACAGGAAAAUGUGCUGGCUGAGUCUAGGAUGAUGGUUCCUGACUCUCGGAAGCGCCUGGAGGCCGCUUUGGAAGACUUGAAAGGAACAUUGGCCGAGUUGUUGGAGGAGAGAGAAGAAAAGGAAGGCCCUGAAAUUGACGAUGCUCGAAACACCAUUGCAGAAAUUGAAAAUGUAUUUGAAAAACCAUAAGCUUAGCAGGGUAGUAUUACUAGUUGUCUCCGGUGGAGGAUAUUAUGGUUUUUGGUGGAGUCUGGACAUGAAAAAAUAGAUGACAUCCAUUUACUUUCUAAGCUUGAUAUAUUUUUGUUUUUAAAUGAAUCUGAUUAAAAAGCUUGAGUCAA